UACGCAACUAUGCGUUUGAAAUUUCGGCACAUUUCUUUCUUCUUCCUCCUCCUUUUGAUUUGACGUAGCGAUUCGUUAACCGAGGAAGAUGAGUACGGUGGAACCGGAGCUUGAAGACCUCUUCCUGGAGAAGAAGCGUGUGAGGAAUCCCCUUGUCCCUGUCGGUGCCCUAAUGACAGCAGGAGUGCUAACAGCAGGGUUGAUUAGUUUCAGAAGAGGAAAUUCUCAGUUGGGUCAGGUUUUGAUGAGAGCUCGGGUGGUCGUCCAGGGUGCUACGGUUGCUCUUAUGGUCGGAACCGCCUAUUACUACGGCGAUAAUCCUUGGAAGAAAUAGACAUGAAAAGCUCAUGCUUCCCUUAUACUGCGUAAAAAAAUCUGCCCGUCUUGUGAGGAUUGUAUAACUUUGCCAGUGCAGAUUCCUGCCUUAUGAUCUUUGCAUAACCAAAGAACAGAGACAGUGUUUUGUAUCUUUUUCAGAAAGUUGAUUAUUUAUUGAUUUGGGUAAAUUCCUCUGAACAUGUCAAGUUAUAUAAGCUGAGAAGCGAGGCGAUUUGGUCUUGAAAUGA